GCUUUAUUUAUUUAUUUUUGUUCUCACGGGCCCGAUAAUAAUAAAAUGACCUUUUCAACUACCAACAAGACUGAUGCCCUAUCAACUACACCAAAAUGUCUGUGGACUCCUUCAAACGUGAGUCAAACAGAGAUGGACAAGUUCCGCAAACAUGUCAAUAGCAAGUACAAUCUCAAGCUGGCCGACUACACUGAGCUCUGGAAAUGGUCAGUUACAAAGAUCGAUGCCUUUUGGUCAACUGUGUGGGAGUACACCGGCAUAAUCUCCAGCCAACCUGCAACCCAAGUGAUCGAUUUAUCUGUGCGAAUGGAUGCUAUCCCAGAGUGGUUCAAGGGUGCCAGGCUCAAUUUUGCAGAGAACCUGUUAUGGUGCAGAGAUCCAAAAAAGAUAGCAAUUAUUGCUGCAGGUGAAGGACAUCCACCCGAGCCAAUGAGCUACGAGAAACUCUAUGAGAAUGUUCUCCAGUGUGCUGAAGCUAUGAAGAGUUUUGGUGUCAAGACUGGGGAUCGGGUUGCUGCUUAUAUUCCCAACUGUCCUGAAGCUAUCAUUGCCAUGUUGGCUGCCACAAGUCUUGGCGCAAUCUGGAGUUCUACCUCCCCAGAUUUUGGUACCACUGGUGUAUUGGAUCGAUUUUCUCAAAUCAAACCAAAAAUCUUGUUCUCGGUCAAUGCCGUAUACUACAACGGCAAGACGUUGGAUCACACAGUAAAGCUAAACACAGUUGUCAAAGACCUUCCGUCAGUGGAAACCGUCGUAGUGAUUCCUUUUAUCAAAGAUUUUGUUGGCCAGCCUGUUCAAAAGAGUCAAUCCUGGGAUCAGUUUCUGAGCAAAGUACCCAAGUCUGCCUUGCCCAAGAAGAUCUCCUUUGCCCAAUUACCAUUCAACCACCCGGCAUUUAUUCUCUUUAGCUCAGGUACGACUGGAUUGCCAAAAUGCAUCGUUCACUCUGGUCCUGGUCUUCUUCUGCAGUUGAAGAAAGAGCAUGUUUUGCAUGGAAACAUGCAUGCAGAUGAUGUAUUCUUUUACUACACUACCACUGGAUGGAUGAUGUGGAACUGGCUGGUCGGUGCUCUCGGAAUUGGGGCCACAAUUGUUCUUUGGGAUGGAAGUCCAUUCAAACCUGCUCCGAUUUCACUCUGGAAACUUGUUGAUCAAUUAAAAAUAACUCACUUUGGUACUUCUGCAAAGUAUAUCCAAUCUCUUCAAGAAGCAAAGAUCUCACCUAAAACCGAGUGUAAACUCGAUUCUCUCAAGGUGGUUUAUUCCACUGGUUCGCCAUUGAAGCCCGAAAGUUUUGAUUAUGUUUAUGAGCACAUCAAGAAAGAUAUUAUGCUUGGAAGUAUAACUGGUGGUACCGAUAUCUCUUCUCUUUUUGCUGGUCACAAUUCUGCUCUUCCUGUUUACAGAGGCGAGAUCCAAUGUAUCUGCCUUGGAAUGAAGAUUGAAGCUUGGGCUGACACAAAUAAGCCUGUUUAUGCUCAAUCGGCUGAUCUUGUAUGCACCGAACCUUUUCCUUGUAUGCCUGUGUAUAUGUACCAGGAUCCCGAAAGAACAAAAUACAGAAACGCUUAUUUUGAUGUCUAUGACAAUGUGUGGUAUCAUGGUGAUUUUGUCUGGAUUAAUCCCAAGACAGGAGGUGUUGUAAUGCUUGGUCGUUCAGACGGAACCCUGAACCCUGCUGGUGUACGAUUUGGUAGCGCAGAGAUCUACAAUGUGGCCGAUCAUUUUGCGAACCAUGGCAUUGAAGACACUCUGUGUGUGGGACAGAAGAUUAAGGACCAAGAUGACGAGAGAGUUGUACUGUUUUUGAAGAUGAAAACUGGGGUUGUCUUGACAGAAACUUUGGUCAAGGAUAUCAAGACCAAGAUUCGAUUUGAGUUGAGUCCUCGUCAUGUUCCAGCAUUUAUUCUGCCAAUUGAAGAUAUUCCCUAUACUAUUAAUGGAAAGAAGGUCGAGGUUGCCGUAAAGAAAAUUCUCUCUGGUCAAACUAUCACUCCUACUGGCACUUUGGUAAACCCUAAAAGUUUGGAGCUUUAUUACAACAUCCCUGCACUAAAGCAGUAGAAAAAUACAAGUGAAAAAUAAAAGAAGAAAAAACAUUGAUAGACCAAAAUCAUCUAUCUACAUGC